AUGGGAUUCCGCCGGUGCUUGUUUGUUUCCAAUAUGUGUUAUACACUUUCAAAAGUUGUGUUGCUUCAUCUCGUGGUUGUUAGCUCAUCAGUUUCCUCAUUGCAGCAAUCUUGUCAUGACGAGGAGAGGUCUGCCUUGCUGCAAUUCAAGGAAAGCUUCAUCAUUAACAGAUCUGCCUCGUAUUCUGAUGAUGCUUAUCCAAAGAUUUUGCAAUGGAAACUAGCUGAGGGACGAAACGUCAGCUGCUGUGCAUGGGAUGGCAUUGUGUGUGAUGAGAGGACGGGUCAUGUUAUUGGCCUUGAUCUUAGUAGCAGUUGUCUCCUGGGCUCUAUCAACUCCAACAGCAGCCUUUUCCGGCUUGUUCAUCUUCAAGUGCUGAACCUUGCUGACAACAACUUCAAUUCCUCUCGAAUUCCUAGUAGCAUUGGGAAUUUCCCUGGGCUCAUGCAUCUUAAUCUCUCUAGUUCUUCCUUUUCUGGCCAAAUCCCUUCCCAAAUUUAUCAGCUGGCCAACUUGUCGUCCCUUGAUUUGUCUUCUUCAAUCGAAAAGCUUGAUUUAUUAAACACGCUGGAAUUGGCAGACUGCAUGUUCUCGGGUUUGGAUCCAUCUUCACUUGGUAAUCUUAGGCAGCUCAUACAUUUAGACCUUUCAGGAAAUAACUUUAGCGGUCCAGUCCCUAGUUCAUUGGCAAACCUCACCCAACUGAAGGAGCUCCAUCUUGGAAUGAAUGCUUUUAGUGGCCCCAUUCCCUCGGCUCUCAGUAGUCUCAACAAGCUCGAAGUCCUGUCACUUUUCUCUAAUCAGUUUAGCGGUUACAUCCCGGCUUCACUAGGAAACCUCACCCACCUCACAGAACUUGAUCUGUAUUCAAAUCAGUUAACCGGUCCAAUUCAUUCUCUAGGAAACCUCACCCACCUCACAGAACUUGAUCUGUCUUCGAAUCAGUUAACCGGUCCAAUUCCUUCUCUAGGAAAUCUCACCCACCUCAUAUACCUUUCUCUGCUUUCAAAUCAGUUAACCGGUUCAAUUUCUUCUCUAGAAAAUCUCACCCACCUCACAUACCUUUAUCUGUCUGCAAAUCAGUUGACCGGUUCAAUUCCUUCUCUAGAAAAUCUCACCCACCUCACAUACCUUUAUCUGUCUGCAAAUCAGUUGACCGGUUCAAUUCCUUCUCUAGGAAACCUCAUCCACCUCACAGAACUUGAUCUGUCUUUGAAUCAGUUAACCGGUCUAAUUCCUUCUCUAGGAAAUCUCACCCACCUCACAGGCCUUGUUCUGUCUUCGAAUAAGUUAACCGGUCCAAUUCCUUCUCUAGGAAACCUCACCCACCUCACAGGCCUUGAUCUGUCUUCGAAUCAGUUAACCGGUCCAAUUCCUUCUCUAGGAAAUCUCACCCACCUCACAUACCUUUGUCUGUUUUCAAAUCAGUUAACCGGUUCAAUUCCUUCUCUAGAAAAUCUCACCCACCUCACAUACCUUUAUCUGUUUUCGAAUCAGUUAACCGGUCCAAUUCCUUCUCUAGGAAAUCUCACCCACCUCACAGAACUUUAUCUGUUUUCGAAUCAGUUAACCGGUCCAAUUCCUUCUCUAGAAAAUCUCACCCACCUCACAUACCUUUAUCUGUUUUCGAAUCAGUUAACCGGUCCAAUUCCUUCUCUAGGAAAUCUCACCCACCUCACAGAACUUUAUCUGUUUUCGAAUCAGUUAACCGGUCCAAUUCCUUCUCUAGGAAAUCUCAUCCAACUCAUAUCACUUAAUCUGUCUUUUAAUCAUUUAACCGGUCCAAUUCCUUCUCUAGGAAAUCUCACCCACCUCAUAAUACUUGAUCUGUCUUCGAAUCAGUUAACCGGUCCAUUACCUAAUUCCUUAUCCAAUCUCAUCAAUCUCGAGUUAUUUGAUGCAUCUGAUAAUAAUCUGACUGGUACAGUGGAGUUCCGCAUGGUGUUUCAUAAGUUACAAGGGCUCGCCGAUUUACAAUUAUCUCGUACCAAUUUGAAAAUUUUCACAGAAACAGAAAGUACGAAUGCAAGCCUACUUCCAAAGUUAGAAUUUCUGGGAUUGAGUUCGUGCAACAUAAGAGAGUUCCCAAGUUUCCUGCAGUAUCAAAAAACAUUGGUGUCCUUGGACCUUUCCUCCAACAAUUUGCAUGAAGUACCAAAAUGGAUGUUGAACACAAGCACAGAGACUUUGGCGGAGAUGGACAUUUCUGACAACUUCCUUUCAAGCAUUGUCCAGCCUUCAGAUGCCUUUCCUUGGGUUAACCUACAAGUUUUAGUGCUCAAGAAUAACAAUCUAAAUGGAGCAAUUUCACCGUUGAUCUGCAGUCUGACUUCUCUUCGGUUCCUUGACCUCUCCAACAACAAUAUGAGUGGAAUGCUUCCCCCCUGUCUCGGAAACUUCAGCGAUGAUCUGCUAGGUUUAUAUCUUGGAAACAACUCUUUCAGCGGCUUUCUUCCUGAAAUAUACACCAGCACAAGCAGUCUGACGGUGAUUGAUGUUAGUCAUAACCAAUUGCGAGGGCAACUACCAAGGUCGUUGGGGAACUGCAUGAAACUUGAGUUUAUUGAUCUGUCAUACAAUAAAUUCAGCGAUGUUUUUCCCUUUUGGUUGGGAGCUCUUCCGGAGUUAAAAGUUUUGAAAAUGCACCAGAACGCGUUCUACGGUCUGAUGGAGGAACCUCAUCAGGACAAUGUUGAAUAUUUCCCUGAGUUACGAAUUCUGGAUCUAUCUUUUAAUAGUUUCAGAGGCAAAUUUCCAUCUCAAAAGAUCUUUUCCGGGAAUGUCAUGAGGGGUGUCCCUCGACACCAGUCAACAUAUAUGGAGGUAUAUUCAAAUAUCUAUUCUAAUAAUAGCGUUAGUAAAUUAUUUGAGGAAUAUUACUCAAUCACGAUAACUAGCAAAGGUGUGGAGAGAUAUUAUCCGAAGAUUCAAGAAGCCCUUGUAGCGAUUGACAUCUCAAGCAACAAAUUUGAAGGGAGGAUUCCAGAAUUUAUUGGGAACCUAAAAGGGCUGAUAUCAUUCAAUAUAUCUGGUAACCUCCUAACUGGUCCCAUCCCAUCAUCUUUCGGGAGUUUAACGUGGCUUGAAUCACUGGACCUUUCACAAAACAAGCUUUCAGGACAAAUCCCUCAAAGCCUCGCGCAGCUUACAUUCCUUGAAACAUUCAUUGUCUCUAACAACAGCUUGACAGGUCCAAUACCGCAUGGAACCCAACUUAUUUCAAUGGGUAGCAGUUCAUAUGAAGGAAACCCUGGAUUGUGUGGAGAUCCUUUGCCAAAGAAAUGCGGAGAUCCUAAGGCUCCUCGCCAGUCGCCUUCAAAAACCGAAGAAAAUGAUUCAGGCUCGUUUGAAUUUGAUUGGAAAUUUGUUUUGGCUGGUCUCGGAAGUGGGUUGGUGGUGGGAGUUGUUCUUUCUGAUGUGGUGAUCACAAGGAAGCGUGAAUGGUUUGUUGAGAUUGUUAAAACCAUCAAGCUGAUGAUAGGAAAUUCAUAA